UUAUGGAAAACUCUGGAAGUUUCCACGCUGUGUAUAAACAGACAAGCUCGGGCCACGGCGGCGUGAACGGAGACCGACGACCGACCGCGGAGGCGCAGCUGACACUUCGCCGUUAACUGUUCAGCGUUUAUCCCACACGGGCCGCCGGACGGUCGAAAAUGGGUAAAGACUACUACGACAUUUUGGGAAUUAAGAAAGGAGCGACGGAAGAGGACAUUAAGAAAGCUUAUCGUAAACAGGCUCUUCGCUACCACCCUGAUAAAAACAAGUCGCCGGGAGCCGAGGAGAAAUUCAAAGAGAUCGCCGAAGCUUACGACGUGUUGAGCGACCCCAAGAAAAAGGACAUCUACGACCGUUUUGGCGAAGAAGGUCUGAAAGGCGGAGGAGGCCCCACAGGUCCCGGUGGUGGUGGUCCUGGCACCUUCAGCUACACUUUCCAGGGUGACCCUCAUGCCAUCUUUGCAGAGUUCUUCGGUGGACGUAACCCCUUCGAACAGUUCUUUGGUGCCCACAAUGGCCAAGAGAACAUGGACACAGACGACCCAUUUGCCCGCUUUGGGAUGGGGGGCGGCGGUAUGGGCGGGUUCCCUCGCUCCUUCAGCACCGGUAUGGGAGGAAUGGGAGGUAUGGGAGGAAUGGGCGGCCACACUAGCGUUGUAAAGAAGCAGCAGGACCCCCCAGUGAUUCAUGAUCUCCAGGUGACCUUGGAGGAGGUGUUGUCAGGUUGCACAAAAAAAAUGAAGAUAUCUCGUAAAAGGCUGAACCCUGACGGAAGAUCAAUAAGGACAGAAGAUAAAAUUCUGGAGGUGCAGAUAAAGAAAGGGUGGAAAGAGGGCACCAAAAUCACGUUUCCUAAAGAGGGGGACGAGACUCCGAGAAACAUUCCAGCUGACGUGGUCUUUGUGUUGAAGGAUAGGCCACAUCCAGUGUUCAAACGUGACGGUUCCGACAUUGUCUACAACGCUAAGGUCUCACUCAGAGAUGCUUUGUGCGGCUGCACAGUAAACGCACCCACACUGGACGGCAGAACAGUGACCGUGACGUCAACAGAUAUCGUGCAGCCGGGGAUGAAGCGACGAGUCAGCGGGGAGGGGUUGCCUUAUCCCAAGCGGCCCGAUCGUCGAGGUGACCUGAUAGUGGACUACGAGGUCAAAUUCCCAGAGCGGCUCACUCAGAGCGCUCGGGACACCAUCGCUCAGGUCCUCCCACGAUCUUAAAAAAGACAAACAGGCUAGCAGGACUGACAUUAAGCUGCCAACAUUUUUUUUGUUUUCGUCAACCAUCACAUGGACAUUCUUGUGGAGGUUGUGGAGGUGGUAGACGUUAAUGGACAAUCAUGAGUCAGGCCAUCCUAUGUGUGCUCAUUAAAAAAUGCUUCCCCUGCAUGAGUGCAGCUUUUUACAGGCUACAAUGUAAAUAUGUGACCAAUUUUGUGUGGUGUUUGGUUUAUUGAAUAAGAUUAUAUUUUGAUGAAAACAAGUGUAUCAUAUAUUGUUUCUAUAUAAAUUCACAUGCACUAUUUGAACUACUUUGUUCAUAAGGAAAGUUCUCAUCAAGAUUUUAUUUUUUUUGUAUGACAUGGCAACAUAAAGAUUUGUAUUGAAUUGUUUACAUUGUUUAGGAUGGGCCACCUGUAAAGUUUCUAAUGGCACAGAGAAAGAUAUCUGCCACGUAAAACCUACUUUUUUAUGAUGUGUGGAGGGGGAUUUUUUUUUUAUGUUUUUGAAUGACUGGCAUCGGAGCUCAGAAAGUGAGGAAUGAAAGCUUUACAUUCAAAUGAAAGGUUGUUGGGUAACUUGUUAGACUGUCCAAAAGGAAAGCACAAUAAAGAAACCUGGUUCUGUAAACUCUUAA